CACCUCACGUCACUCUUCUCAUUUCCUCCAGUUCUGCUCUCAACUCAUUUUUACAGUUUCUUCACGAUGGAGCGAAGAGACCGCAAACGUAAGGCACAGGAAAUCUCCGAGUCCCCGCAAUCUGUGUCGGAGACGAUCCACGAGCUCACGUCCGUCUUGGCUGAGAGUGACGCGAUACUGCGGGCGGAGAUCAGUGAGCUGCGAGAUGAAGUAGGCAAACUGGAGAAACAUCUGAGCGACAAAGCAGAAGAGUGCAACCGCCUCCAGUCGAUAGUCGACUUCUUCCAUCCUGACGCUAUCAUGGAUCGGAUCCACUUGAAAUUAUAUAUUCACGGGGACCACUCGAUGCUCCGCAGGGCGAUUGAUCCACAAUCGCGGGCGCUAAGAAGCACAGACGCGCGAGGAGAUCGGUAUCUCUUUCUCAGCGAGACCCCGGCCAAGAAAAAGAGCAAGACGGCUAAAGCUAACGAGUUCUCGCCGAAACAUGAGGACGAGAAGGACGUGACUUCGAUGAUACCAGCAACAGAACCCGUUGCCGCCACAAACGCCGAUGACGCUGAAGAGAAACAGCAGGACGAUGAAGACACUCAAGAUGAAGAUAGUGCUCCAGCGACGUUCGAUCUGCAAGCACAGUCCGCGACAGCAUCGCAAAAAGAGAUAACAAGCGACACCGUGAUGGAACCAGCUGCCGAGAUUGACGGUAUGAACCCCGAUGGAGUGCCUGGCGUAAUGUCUAGUUAAGUUCUGCAGAUUGAAGGCCUCUAGGCUUGCAGCUUGUCAAGUUUUCAAUUAAGUGAGCGUAUCAUUAAGCACUAAAAGCUUUCAC